AUGACCCGCGAAAGACAUGAUGGCACGACGGAGAAGAUCCACUUCACAUCCACGAAAGAGACGAAGGACGGCACAACUACUACGAAGUAUAAGAAUAGAAGCCGGGUGGACUGCCAAAUCGGUCACUCCACAUACUUUGAAGUUGAAGAGUCGUUGAAAGGUGAGGUCUUCAAAACAAGGCGCAUUGGCAAGGGGACUCUGGACAAACGAAACCUGACGACGGAAAUGGUUCAUUGUGAGAAAGAAGUUCUCGAAGUUCGCGAUGAAGUGAAGGGUGCCUUUGGCCAGGGCAUGGAGGCAAAGCUUUGGGCAGCCAAUGUUGGUGCCUUUGAGAUCAGAAAAGCCAAUGAGCAAAAGCUCUUUGUUACGCCACAGCAGAAGCAGGAGGCCACCUUGAAGUUGGCCGCCGCCAUGACGUCACAGGGUGCUGCAGGGGUCAUCAGUUUGCUUGCUAGUGAAAGGGGGAUACCGGGAUCAGCCGCAGCAGCCGUUGCUGCCGGCGGUGCUGCAUUCCUUCAAGGAGGUACAGCCGCUGAGAAGGUUGAGCAUGGAAUAGCCGCCGCCGGUACAUCUUUGGCAUUGUCUGCUGCUCAUGAAGCUGCUUCUGGGGUAGUUGGCCCAGGAUUUACUGGGAACAUUGCUGGUCGUGCCGCUGGAGCCUUUCUGACUUCCGAAGGGUCUUGCGCCGAUCGACUUGCCAACGCAGCCGGUGCUGCCGGAGAGGGGGAGGGCCGAAAAGGAGUGGACUUUGCUGGCGGCAGCUCUUUGUCUUUUGGUCACCGAGACCGUUUCGGAGCAGACGUGAAGGAGAACGGCACCCAGAUCAGCCAGAGUCAGCAUGAAGAAGGCUUGGGGACAGUCCUGUCUGCCACCGGUGCUGGGUCAUUGGCCAGUGGCAUUGGCAGUGCCGCGGGUGUCUCCGGCAACCUCGGCAUGACAGAGCGCGUGCGCCACGAGCAGAAGCCGGACGGCGGUUACAAGUUACAUUCAGAGACGGUGCAUGGAUUUGCUGGCGGCGUGGACGUAGCAGGCGUGGAGCAGCUGAACCUCGACACCGGGAAAGCGAAUGUCCAGGACGUGGAGCAUGAGAAGACCAGCAGAUUCAGCAGCUGUACGACUGAAACGAAUAAGGAGGAUAUCCGCAUACUUGGCCAGACCUUGGCGUCGAAGGAAGUGGCCUUCAAACAGACCCGUGAGGGCUUGCUCGGCAGUAAGACAGUUGAGGCAGAUUGCAAGACGCAUCACGUUGUGGAGGAAUCCGAAGGUUUGUUCCUCACCACAUCGCGUGCGGGUUCAGGAUCAGUCGACAAGAUGUCUGGGGAGGUCCAAUUUGAUGGGGAAGUUUCUCACAGCUGCGCAGUUCGGGAGGAAGUCAAAGAGGCGUUGCAGCAGUCAGGUGCCCAGAUUGCCGCUCAAGGUGCCGCAGGUGUCGCUGGGUUGGUUGCUGGGGAAGUGGCGGGCAAGCUUGCAGGUAGCGCAUCUGCAGGAGCCUCGCUUGGAGAAGCCCUUGCUGCCGGCGGUGCUGCAUUCCUUCAAGGAGGUACAGCCGCUGAGAAGGUUGAGCAUGGAAUAGCCGCCGCCGGUACAUCUUUGGCAUUGUCUGCCGCUCAUGAAGCUGCUUCUGGGGUGGUUGGCCCAGGAUUUACUGGGAACAUUGCUGGUCGUGCCGCUGGAGCCUUUCUGACUUCCGAAGGGUCUUGCGCCGAUCGACUUGCCAACGCAGCCGGUGCUGCCGGAGAGGGGGCACUCGUUCAAGCCGCAGGCAUUGCAAUGGUAAAGUCGGGCGUGCCCCUAUGCCCCAUGGGCCUCAUCAAUGAGGAUGGCCGAAAAGGAGUGGACUUUGCUGGCGGCAGCUCUUUGUCUGUUGGUCACCGAGACCGUUUCGGAGCAGACGUGAAGGAGAACGGCACCCAGAUCAGCCAGAGUCAGCAUGAAGAAGGUGUGCAACUUCGCGUGGGCUUGGGGACAGUCCUGUCUGCCACCGGUGCUGGGUCAUUGGCCAGUGGCAUUGGCAGUGCCGUGGGUGUCUCCGGCAACCUCGGCAGGACAGAGCGCGUGCGCCACGAGCAGAAGCCGGACGGCAGUUACAAGUUACAUUCAGAGACGGUGCAUGGAUUUGCUGGUGGCGUGGACGUAGCAGGCGUGGAGCAGCUGAACCUCGACACCGGGAAAGCGAAUGUCCAGGACGUGGAGCAUGAGAAGACCAGCAGAUUCAGCAGCUGUACGACUGAAACGAAUAAGGAGGAUAUCCGCAUACUUGGCCAGACCUUGGCGUCGAAGGAAGUGGCCUUCAAACAGACCCGUGAGGGCUUGCUCAGCAGUAAGAAAGUUGAGGUAGAUUGCAAGACUCAUCACGUCGUGGAGGAAUCGGAAGGUUUGUUCCUCACCACAUCGCGUGCGGGUUCAGGAUCAGUCGACAAGAUGUCUGGGGAGGUCCAAUUUGAUGGGGAAGUUUCUCACAGCUGUGCAGUUCGGGAGGAAGUCAAAGAGGCUGCUGGCAGAGGUCUAGAGGUGGGAACUCGAGAAGCGCGUAAGAGCAACGAAGGCCGACUGUUUUGCUCUGCAGAGCAAGAGAAGCAGGCCUUGCAGCAGUCAGGUGCCCAGAUUGCCGCGCAAGGUGCUGCAGGUGUCGCUGGGUUGGUUGCUGGGGAAGUGGCGGGCAAGCUUGCAGGUAGCGCAUCUGCAGGAGCGUCGCUUGGAGAAGCCCUUGCCGCCGGCGGUGCUGCAUUCCUUCAAGGAGGUACAGCCGCUGAGAAGGUUGAGCAUGGAAUAGCCGCCGCCGGUACAUCUUUGGCAUUGUCUGCCGCUCAUGAAGCUGCUUCUGGGGUGGUUGGCCCAGGAUUUACUGGGAACAUUGCUGGUCGUGCCGCUGGAGCCUUUCUGACUUCCGAAGGGUCUUGCGCCGAUCGACUUGCCAACGCAGCCGGUGCUGCCGGAGAGGGGGAGGGCCGAAAAGGAGUGGACUUUGCUGGCGGCAGCUCUUUGUCUGUUGGUCACCGAGACCGUUUCGGAGCAGACGUGAAGGAGAACGGCACCCAGAUCAGCCAGAGUCAGCAUGAAGAAGGUGUGACAGAGCGCGUGCGACACGAGCAGAAGCCGGACGGCAGUUACAAGUUACAUUCAGAGACGGUGCAUGGAUUUGCUGGUGGCGUGGACGUAGCAGGCAUGGAGCAGCUGAACUUCGACACCGGGAAAGCGAAUGUCCAGGACGUGGAGCAUGAGAAGACCAGCAGAAUCAGCAGCUGUACGACUGAAACGAAUAAGGAGGAUAUCCGCAUACUUGGCCAGACCUUGGCGUCGAAGGAAGUGGCCUUCAAACAGACCCGUGAGGGCUUGCUCAGCAGUAAGAAAGUUGAGGUAGAUUGCAAGACGCAUCACGUCGUGGAGGAAUCGGAAGGUUUGUUCCUCACCACAUCGCGUGCGGGUUCAGGAUCAGUCGACAAGAUGUCUGGGGAGGUCCAAUUUGAUGGGGAAGUUUCUCACAGCUGUGCAGUUCGGGAGGAAGUCAAAGAGGCUGCUGGCAGAGGUCUAGAGGUGGGAACCCGAGAAGCGUGCAAGAGCAACGAAGGCCGACUGUUUUGCUCUGCAGAGCAAGAGAAGCAGGCCUUGCAGCAGUCAGGUGCCCAGAUUGCCGCGCAAGGUGCUGCAGGUGUCGCUGGGUUGGUUGCUGGGGAAGUGGCGGGCAAGCUUGCAGGUAGCGCAUCUGCAGGAGCCUCGCUUGGAGAAGCCCUUGCCGCCGGCGGUGCUGCAUUCCUUCAAGGAGGUACAGCCGCUGAGAAGGUUGAGCAUGGAAUAGCCGCCGCCGGUACAUCUUUGGCAUUGUCUGCCGCUCAUGAAGCUGCUUCUGGGGUGGUUGGCCCAGGAUUUACUGGGAACAUUGCUGGUCGUGCUGCUGGAGCCUUUCUGACUUCCGAAGGGUCUUGCGCCGAUCGACUUGCCAACGCAGCCGGUGCUGCCGGAGAGGGGGCACUCGUUCAAGCCGCAGGCAUUGCAAUGGCAAAGUCGGGCGUGCCCCUAUGUCCCAUGGGCCUCAUCAAUGAGGAUGGCCGAAAAGGAGUGGACUUUGCUGGCGGCAGCUCUUUGUCUGUUGGUCACCGAGACAGUUUCGGAGCAGACGUGAAGGAGAACGGCACCCAGAUCAGCCAGAGUCAGCAUGAAGAAGGUGUGCAACUUCGCGUGGGCUUGGGGACAGUCCUGUCUGCCACCGGUGUUGGGUCAUUGGCCAGUGGCAUUGGCAGUGCCGUGGGUGUCUCCGGUAACCUCGGGGUGACGGAGAGCAUGCGCCGCACGCAGAAUCAAGAUGGCAGCUAUUCAGUCCACAUGGCUUCUGUGUGGGGUUUUGCUGGCAGUGUCGAUGUCACAGGUGUGAAUCUGGGUUGCAUUCAUGGUUUUGGUGCUCUGGACACCGGAGUUUUCAGGGGAGUCAGCGUGCAUGGAGGAACGUCUAGCAAGGGCAACUUUGUGGCUUCAGCGGAAUCUCAUUGGAAGCAAACCGCCCAUGCAGCUGGAGUUUGCCUCAUGGGCCUGCGGCUGGAGGUGCCUUAUGCGGUCGCCAACUCUUCGGAGCAAACCUUUAGCACUUGUGGACUGCAAUGGUGCCGCAUAGCAGACAUGCAUGAAGUACAUAUCGGCGGUCAGUCUGGUGAGAAGGUUCAAGCCUUUUUGCUGUUGGUGGAGGUGAAAGAGAGCUACGUUGAGACCUGGUUCGGCGCCAGCCGCAGGAAUGUGCACAUCGCAGCAACGGCCGAGCUGAAGGGAAUUGUGGGGCAAGGCACUGCAUGUGCCAUUGCAUCCUUUUUCAGGGGCCGGCGGGAAGGAAAGAGCGUCGGAGAGGCCAUCUCCUGUAGUUGUCAGGCCUUCUGUGCAGCCGCGCUGGACGGAGCCCUCAACGUUCAGUUGUCUUACAUGGCCGCCAAUCUCUCCAACAAUCUCUCGAACUCUGUCUUCAGUUUGCCCGCCUGGGCAGCGCUGAGUCCGUACCUGGAGGACGGUUUGGCUGCUUUGGUGCGUCCGGUUGUUCGAGCUUGCUUAAAUCGGGGAUGCCAGCUUGAUGACUUCGGCCGAGACUGGUUGAAACAGUUUGUUCUGCUCCAAUUGCUCCGACUUCUUCGGCAUGCAGGUGUUUCGAGCACUGCACUACAGCUGCUUUCUGCUAGCUAUUCCAGAAUCUUUGACAACCUGGCAGUCAAAAACCCGAACCUGCUGGAGUUACUGGUGGAUCUGGUUCCCAUAGUUCUCGAGGUCUUCCUGAAGGCCGCAGUCUCCGGAACUCCAUAUGGAUGGAUCAUGGCAUAUGUUGUGGUUCCCUUGCUGCUCGAGCUCAUCAAGUGUCAAUCCAUACAAUGUGUCUUGGGCAAUAUCUCCGCAUCAGUCCUUGGAUGUGCUGCUGCUCUCAAGGAAUGGGUUCUUCAAGCCAUGGCCAUGCUUCGGAAAUUCUUCUCCGACAUCGGAGUUGCAGGCACUGUCUCAGCUGUUGUUGCUGGAACGAGUGCAGGCAUGGCUGCUGCUGCAGCAGCUUCCACAGCCAUGGCACCAGCAGCUAGUAUUGCAGGCUCACAAACCUUGGGAUCGGUGGCGGUGGGUCUUGGGCUCAUUGCUUCCCCAGUUGCGCCAGUGGGAGCUGUGCUUGGCAUUGCAUCUUUGAGCGGCGUUGCAGCUGGUCUAGUGGUACUGACCGGUUGGCGACAAGCUCAGCAUCUAAUUCAAGAAGGUUGUGCCGUCCAAUCAUGGCAGACCGCUCUGAAGGAGUCGUCAGAGGUGGAGAUCUUCGUCACAAAGCCUGUCAGAAGAUGGGUGAAGGGCAUCAUCUGCUGUGCCUCUACCACUCGCUUGAGUGUGAAGUAUUUCCUUGGCAAAGAGGAACGCCAGGUUCCCUUGGCCCGGGAUAGCGACAGGCUUCGACUGGUUGGAGCAGAUGGGGCGACUGUCUCAGUAUUUGUGCCUCGGCUCUUGCAGGGACGAUGUGGGGCUUUCAAGCCCCGACCUGCUUCUCUCUGCCGACUUCGCUAA